AAAUACAAAAUAGCCUCAGUCAAAACUAUUAUACAAAUCUUAAAAUGAGGCCUGGUUUUUAAUGAGAAAUUAGGGACACCUCUUUCGAACACUUUGGCUUUCUAAAUUUCGUAUCUAAAUUCAAAAUUCCUCUAAAAAAAUAAAGAGAUGAACCAAUUUGCAUUAAACCGCGUUCUAGCUACUCAGGUUCGUGAGGACUGGGGGCCGGAGGAAAAAGCCACGGCCAGGCUGGCGCAGAUGGGUAAGAGGCUCAGGACCGCAGCUAGGCAUGCACCACUGUCUGUACCAUCAACAACAACUUAUCAAUAUCAAACGCGGCUACCCGAUACCCGAAAGACCUACGAAAACAUGAUGGACCGGAUACACAUGACCAUGAAGUCUGUGAGACCCCCACGCAGGCCACGGCCAAUCGCCCCACCGCCUGUAGUUGAAGCUCCGGUUGCCCCGCCACCUCCACUGCCGACAAAACGCAAGCGCAGCAAAUCCAGGCGAAUCAAGGGUGGUGGCAACUCCUCGAGGGCAGCUAGUACGUCGGUCUUCGGCAACAGGAUCAAUCCUUUAACCGUCAGUAAGGCGCAGCGGGUAGUAAGGCAAAGCAUGAGCGAUAUUGGCCAAAAGUGUUUCAAUCAGCGCAAUCGCAUCCGGGAGGUUAUACAGCAGAAGAGCGUACUGGAAACCAUGUUGCAGCAGCACAAGAAGUUGCAGAGGGAUCGCCAGAUCAUUGCCUUAGAUAUUCAACGUAUGCGGGCAGAUCUGGAUAGGAUUCGCAAUAAGUUGGACACUUCGCUGCAGAAUUUAAACUCCACCCGCACACUUUUCAGUGUACAGCCCACCAAGAGGAGCUCGGGCAAAAACACCAUACAAAAGAAAUCUUCACACAGUGUGGGUCCCAGACGAUCCUCCGGGUCGCGAAAAUUUAGGGGCAAAUCUAAAAGUUCCAAUUCUGUGCCCCUAAACAUUAACAAGUCAUCUGCCGUCAAGCGCCGAUCGAACUGAAAUACGGUUAACAAAAAUAUUAAAUAAGAGGUACAGCGUAUAGAAAAAUAAAUUAAA